AUGAUUUCAAAACCCGGCCAGACAGACAAGGCUAUCUUCGUGAUUGACCAGCAGGGAACCUGCUACAUCGCAAAGUGCUGGGGGCCCAGACAUGAGCGGGCGUCGAAUACGGAGUGUACUGUCUACGAGGGUCUAUCAGAGUUACGACCUGGAGGUUACGAUGUGUUCGUGAAUAUGAUACUCGCUGGGAACAUCCUAUGCUCAAAUUUAUCUCCUGGCGAAAGGACAAUUGCACUCCCCUAUAAAGUUGGACAGGUCCUCACCCGUAUUUGGAAUGAUCUUAAUGACCGCGAGCGAACUCACGUCCGUGAGGAGUGCGAGAAGGCAAUCCACAUUUUUCGGUCUUUGUCAAUCCGCGUGCCCGAUAUUGGAAAGCACAAUGUUCCUUAUGAAAGGAACACAGCAGCCGUGACCAUACUUGAUUUCAAAACUGCCAUGGAAUGUCCCCAGUCAGAACAUGUACCGUAUGUGGAGCUGCUGUUGCUGUUUGGGGACCCUGUGAUGCGUGGACGCACGAGUGGUGGGUAG